GCGGCGGGGCCCGGCGCCCGCUCAGCCCGCCCCCUCUCUGCUGCCCCGCCCGCCCCGCCGCGCCGGCCGCUGUCAGAGGUGCGGUGUAUGCUGAGCAGCUGUUGUCGCCGGCUGCUGCACGUCCUGGUCCCGAGCUUCCCGCCGCUGACCCGUGGACUGCGGCUCUGUCCCGGCCACCUCAUGAAGCCGUUGGUCGUGUUCGUUCUGGGCGGGCCCGGUGCGGGCAAGGGGACCCAGUGCGCGCGCAUUGUCGAGAAAUAUGGCUACACACACCUUUCUGCUGGAGAGCUUCUUCGUGAUGAAAGGAAGAAUCCAGAUUCACAGUAUGGUGAACUUAUUGAAAAGUACAUUAAAGAAGGAAAGAUUGUGCCUGUUGAGAUAACCAUCAGUUUAUUAAAGAGGGAAAUGGACCAAACAAUGGCUGCCAAUGCUCAGAAGAAUAAAUUCUUGAUUGAUGGAUUUCCAAGAAAUCAAGAUAACCUUCAAGGUUGGAACAAGACCAUGGAUGGGAAGGCAGAUGUAUCUUUUGUUCUGUUUUUUGACUGUAAUAAUGAGAUCUGUAUUGAGCGAUGUCUUGAAAGGGGAAAAAGCAGUGGUAGAAGUGAUGACAACAGAGAGAGCCUGGAGAAGAGAAUUCAGACGUAUCUUCAGUCAACAAAACCAAUUAUUGACUUAUAUGAAGAAAUGGGGAAAGUCAAGAAAAUAGAUGCUUCUAGGUCUGUUGAUGAGGUUUUUGGUGAAGUUGUGAAGAUUUUUGACAAAGAAGGCUAACUAACCCUGAAAAAACAUCUUUAAAUCAUGCUUGAAUAUUGCUUUAUAGCUGCUAUCACAGCCCCCUUUUAAGGCAAUUUUAAUCUUUCAAAAUUACAUCUCAAUUAAUGUCUAGAAAUAUAUAGUAAGGCAAAUUAUGUGCUAUUUUUAAUUUGUGGUCACAGUACACAGUAAAUUCAUGUUUGAUCAUCUUAGGUAUUAUGGUGCUCACCAAAUGAAGAAGGGUUUCAGCUAGUUGUUGUUUGUGUUACAAGACUGUCCCUUUUCUGUUUGUGCCUUCUGUGAGCAAAAUUGUUUAGUAUGCAUGUAUAUCCCUUUUGUAAUUGCACCGUGUUAGGAUUUGGAAAUUCUUUUGCUGCACAUUAAGAUUUCCAACCUGUUAAGUGAAUCUGUGGACCAAAUUUAAAGGAACUUUAUGUCUAGUCAGUUCUUGCACAAGGUAUUUAGUAAACGAACUCACAAAAUGGAUUCCUAGCAAUGUUCUAGUAUUUAUCAAAUGACUGACCAUUUUCUAUCGAAAGUUAAAACUUAGGCGUUAACUUAUUACAGCAUAUGCAAAGAGGUAUGACAGGGCAUAGUCUUUGCUUUCAAGGCUUGAGUCGGGACGGGGCUUCAGAGCCUGACAAGAUUGCCAGCUUUCUUCUGACAUAAUCUGUGGGGCAAGGGGAAAUGACUUGUGUUCCUAUGCCCUGUGACAUAGGGCUAGUCAUCAUUUAACUGAUGUUAACACGGUUCUUAGUAGUAGACCCCGACAUGCAUGUGCUAAUUUAUGUUGAUAUGAUUCAUUCUUAUUUUAAUAAUACUUCAGGGUUUUUUUGUUUUGUUUGUUUCUUAGACUAAAUACAGAGUUAGAAUAAAUUAGGAAAAGCAAUCUAAUAGUUAAAAUUCCCAUUUGUAUUUUAUUUUCUGAAAUACAUUGUUUCAUGGUUACUUGUUUUAAAAAGAUUUUAAAAAUCAUUGCACUUUGGUCAGAAAAAUAAUAAAUAUAUCUUAUAAAUGUUUGAUUCCUUUCCUGCCUGCUUUGUUCAAUAAAGUCUGAGAGUC